AUGAAGGGGCGUCAACUCACGGAUGAACUGGCAGGCGCGCACUUGCUCCCGCAUUGCGGCUCUACCAACGCGCGGCUGACCGCCCACUUGCCGCUCAUCGUCCCGGACGGCUGCGAGAUCCGCGUCGGCGACGAGGUGAGGCACCCUCGCGUAGGCGAGCUUCUCAUCUUCGACGACUCGUACGAGCACGAGGUUUGGAACCGCCACCCAACCGACGUGCGGGUCGUCCUCCUCAUCCGCUUCUGGCACCCCGACAUUGCGCCGGCAAAGUACGCAGUAACCAAGCGGGCGAUGCGGAGGGCGGUGGUGCGCCACCGGCGCAACACGUGCUUGCCGCCUCUCGACGUGUCGCUCACGCCGCCGAGUUGA